AUGAUUGCAGACCAGUCUUUCGUCGCCUGGAAAGCCAUUAUCUCGGUCUUGUACGGGCUUGGUGUCGGAACGAGUGCUGCUCGCCUAGCAUUCCGCCAAUUCAAGUCUAAGAACUUGUGGAAGGAUGACUGGUUUGCGUUCCCGUUGCCGAUACUGGCGACCAUCUUGGCAGUCGUUAUCUGGCCGUUGUAUCAAGAACGAGACUCGCAUGACGAAAUCCCAAGACAAAAAGCUCAAUACUGGCUAAUGUCAAUCUCGUGGCUACUCGCACUAUGGUGCACCAGAAUCGGGCUUUCGAUCACUUUGUCAAGACAAGCCCCGCUCAAAAACUCUGCACGAAAUACAGGGUUUCGGGUAGCUGUCUUCUUCGCCGUCCUGCUCGUUGGGAGUCUCGCUUGGAGUAUCACUAUGGGGUGUGAGCACUACAGCCGUCUGAGAAAGAAGGCGAGGAGUGUCGCUUAUUGCAAUGGAGGGAAAGAAGAGUUUUCGAUCGCGAAUUUUGUUGCUACCUUCCUCAGUGCGAUUGUUCUGAUAGGAACCUCGCUGUGGUUUCGUUUCAAGAAGUCUUCCGACCUUUCGGUCUCCCAGAUACGAAACUUCACUUCCGUUCUGGCCAUCUCCGUUGUCCUACUUCUGGGCACGAUUGUUCAUGCCGCAUUAUACUUCUCACCGCUUGUUCGUGGAACGAACAGUCUCGUGGUCAUUGACAUGGCCGCACACUUCGAGCUGGUCCUCUCCAUUAUUGGGUUCAAUGUCCCGACCUUAAUCGCCAUGUUCGACUGGUUCAUAUACGGCCAGGACCGCCAAACUAAUCGCAACAGCAAUGCGUCAUCCCUUCCGCCCUCGAAAAAUAUUAUCCAAUUGGCUAAUCUCUCUGAGCAGCGAAGCAGCAAAGAAUUGGAUGAUGACGCCAGUAGCAUAAGCACUGUUGACAGUAAAGCGCGUCGUGCCGUUGUUUGA